AGCAGCAGCAGCAGCAGCAGCGGCGGCGGCAGUACCAGCUGCUCCUUCCCGGCGGCCGACCCCCGCGGGUCCCUCCCGGGCUGCAGGCGAAGCCGACGUAGAGGCGGCAGUUCCAGCUGCUCCUUCCCGAAGGCCGACCCCCGCGGGUCCCUCCCGGGCUGCAGGAGAAGCCGAGGUACAGGCGGCAGUUCCAGCUGCUCCUUCCCGAAGGCCGACCCCCGCGGGUCCCUCCCGGGCUGCAGGAGAAACCGAGGUAGAGGCGGCAGUUCCAGCUGCUCCUUCCCGAAGGCCGACCCCCGCGGGUCCCUCCCGGGCUGCAGGCGAAGCCGAGGUAGAGGCGGCAGUUCCAGCUGCUCCUUCCCGAAGGCCGACCCCCGCGGGUCCCUCCCGGGCUGCAGGCGAAGCCGAGGUAGAGGGAGGACACAGCGCCGCGCCGCCCGCCCCGGAGACCUCCGCCUCGCCCUCCCGGCGCGUCACCCGCGGGAGCAACAUGGAUAAUCUCAGUGAUACCUUGAAGAAGUUGAAGAUAACAGCUGUUGACAGAACUGAGGAUAGUUUAGAAGGAUGCUUGGAUUGUCUGCUUCAAGCCCUGACUCAAAAUAAUAUGGAAACAAGUGAAAAAAUCCAAGGAAGUGGAAUACUUCAAUUGUUUGCAAAUCUGUUGAUUCCACAGUCUUCCUGCACAGCCAAAGUAGCUAACAUCAUAGCUGAAGUAGCCAAAAAUGAGUUCAUGCGAAUUCCGUGUGUGGAUGCUGGAUUGAUUUCACCACUGGUGCAGCUACUAAAUAGCAAAGACCAGGAAGUGCUGCUUCAAACGGGCAGGGCUCUAGGAAACAUAUGUUAUGAUAGCCAUGAGGGCAGAAGUGCAGUUGACCAAGCAGGUGGUGCACAGAUUGUAAUUGACCAUUUAAGGUCACUGUGCAGUAUAACAGAUCCCGCCAAUGAGAAGCUCUUGACUGUCUUUUGUGGCAUGCUGAUGAACUAUAGCAAUGAGAAUGACUCCCUUCAGGCUCAGCUUAUCAAUAUGGGUGUUAUUCCUACCCUAGUGACAUUACUGGGCAUCCACUACCAAAAUGCAGCUCUUACAGAAAUGUGUCUCGUAGCAUUUGGCAACUUAGCAGAACUUGAGUCCAGUAAAGAACAGUUUGCCAGUACAAACAUUGCAGAAGAGAUGGUAAAACUCUUCAAGAAACAAAUAGAACAUGAUAAAAGGGAAAUGAUUUUUGAAGUUCUUGCUCCAUUGGCAGAAAAUGAUGCUAUUAAACUACAGCUGGUUGAAGCAGGCUUGGUAGAAUGUCUACUACAGAUUGUUCAACAGAAAGUGGAUAGUGACAAAGAGGAUGAUAUUGCUGAGCUCAAAACUGCUUCAGAUCUAAUGGUUUUAUUACUUCUUGGAGAUGAAUCCAUGCAGAAAUUAUUUGAAGGAGGAAAAGGUAAUGUGUUUCAAAGGGUGCUGUCCUGGAUUCCAUCAAAUAACCACCAGCUGCAGCUUGCUGGAGCGUUGGCGAUUGCAAAUUUUGCCAGAAAUGAUGGAAAUUGUAUCCAUAUGGUAGACAAUGGAAUUGUAGAGAAACUUAUGGAUUUACUGGACAGACAUGUAGAAGACGGAAAUGUAACAGUACAGCAUGCAGCACUAAGUGCCCUCAGAAACCUGGCCAUUCCAGUUGUAAAUAAAGCAAAGAUGUUAGCAGCUGGGGUCACAGAGGCAGUUUUGAAAUUCCUUAAAUCCGAAAUGCCCCCGGUUCAGUUCAAACUUCUGGGGACAUUAAGAAUGUUAAUAGAUGCACAAGCAGAAGCUGCUGAACAACUGGGAAAGAAUAUUAAGUUAGUGGAGCGUUUGGUGGAAUGGUGUGAAGCCAAAGACCACGCUGGUGUGAUGGGAGAGUCAAACAGACUGCUCUCUGCCCUCAUACGACACAGUAAAUCAAAAGAUGUAAUUAAAACCAUUGUACAGAGUGGUGGCAUCAAGCAUCUAGUUACCAUGGCAACUAGUGAACAUGUAAUAAUGCAGAAUGAGGCCCUUGUUGCGUUGGCACUAAUAGCAGCUUUAGAAUUGGACACUGCUGAGAAAGAUCUAGAAAGUGCUAAACUUGUACAGAUUUUACACAAACUGCUAGCAGAUGAGAGAAGUGCUCCUGAAAUAAAAUAUAAUUCCAUGGUUCUGAUCUGUGCUCUCAUGGGAUCCGAAUCUCUACACAAGGAAGUACAGGAUUUGGCCUUUCUAGAUGUUGUAUCCAAACUUCGAAAUCAUGAGAACAAAAGUGUUGCCCAACAGGCCUCUCUCACAGAGCAGAGACUUACUGUAGAGAGCUGA